AUGGCCCCUCCUGUAGCCGGUUGGCCCUGCGUCCUCCCGCCGUCCCGUGGCACCGGCAUCCUCCUGAGUCCCGCGGCACCGGCAUCCCCGCCCAACGGCCGCCACGCCCUCCCGGAGUCCCGACGCGGCGGCGGCCCCCCUCCCCCCGCCCUGCGUCCUCCCGCGGCGCCGGCAUCCUCCCGUCGUCCUGCAGCGCCGCAUCCCCGGUCGGCGGUCAGCGCGCCCUUCCGCCUCCCGGAGACACGGCGUCCUGGCGCCCCAUGCGUCCUCCCGGGGUGCCGCAUCCCCGCCCGGAGUCCGGCGGGCCCUCCCGAGUCCCAGCGCGACGGCACCCCCUACGUCCUCCCGCCGGCUGCCGCCGUCCAUAGCGUCGCUGAAUUUUUGGAAGCCGGAAUUGACGAUGCCUUCCCAUUCGCAGCAGUCUUUGCCUUCCUGCCAAAGCUUGGCAAGGCCGGCAUCCUGCAAGAGCCCAGCAAGGAACUGGAGGAGGGAGUUCUUCUCCUGCUCUGUGCAAGAACUGGCCAAGGAGAUCAGCAGCAGAACAGCAAAACCAAGCAAAGGUAUGGGUAG